GAUACCGUAUAUUUCUUUUCUUUAUCACAUUCCAUUUUAAAUAAGCUUAUUAUUUUGUUUUUCUGUUGUUAAAACUUGAAUUUUAAUUUUUAACUGUAUAUUAUAUUGUAGGUAUAGACAUUAGACGUAUUAUGAUAAUUUAUUGUAAUAUAGACAAGUAUCAGUGUGCUACGUAAAUUUCGUGUAUGAGUUGCUUCAUGUACUUUAGGUUUUAAAUAAAUAACGAUAGUUUUGUUGUAUUGUCGUUAAUUUAUUCGCGAGUUUUUCAUAAAUUGUUGUGCAAAACAUGGCAUCGAUGAGUGCAGCGAAGAAGAAACAAGUGUCUCAGAAUGAAUUGCGUUUAUUAAUGCUCAAGCAAAAACUACAGACUCAAAGGGUGAAAAAGAAAAUCGAGUCACCAUUGGCAAAAUAUAGCAUUAGCGGUCAAUUGUCUUGUAUUGUGUGCAAAUUGAACAUAAAAGAUGAUUCUUUAUGGAGUGUUCAUAUUUCUUCCAAGGUUCACAAAGAAAACAUUUCCAAACGUAAACCAGAAUCAUCAAAAAUGACUGAAAGGUUAGCAGUGACUACAGAAAGCUUAAAACGUACUUUACCUAAACAAGAAAACUUUGUUCCACCAAAAAAAUUAAAAGGUAUUUUAAAAAAUUAUAAAGCUCCACCAGAAAGAGUUCCUAAUGAUUUCUUCGAAAGCCCAACGCCAACCUCAUCAACAACUACAAAUGUUAAUCAAGAAACUGAUGAAAAAAUGGAUGAACAAGCAGAAAAUAUUGAUAUAAAUCUUGAUAAAGGUGAACUUCCAAAAGGUUUUUUUGAUGAUCCAAUGUUAGAUGCUAAGAUUCGAAAUGAGGAAUAUGUCAGCUCAAUAGAUGAAGAAUUUAUAAAAUUUCAAAAAGAAAUUAAAGAAGAGAACAUGUUAUCUGAACAAAUAAUGGCAGAUAAUGAAGAUGAAACUACUUAUGGGCGACAAGUAGAAGAAAUUGACGAACAAAUCAAACACUGGUCAAAAGUUAUUGAACUAGAGAAGAAACGAGAAAAAAUUGCUUUAGCUACAGAAAAUAUGAGUAAUAUGGAAAUCAAAAAUGAACUAGACGAAGCUGAAGAAUCUGAUGGUUCAGAUAUGGAUGAGUUCAUUGAUUGGCGGUCAAAAAAAUGAAAAUAUUAAAUAUGAUAUUAUGAUUCAGAAAAAUGUUAAGUAUAUUAUUUUUUUUUUUAUGUAUAUACAAUUAUAAUAAAAACUUCUUAUAAUAUUA